CCCCAAAUCAGCCUCCGCGUGAUGGCGGUAUGAGGCAGUCCCUGCGAGCGAGAGCGUGGGAGUUCCUGUCUUCGCCAUGUCGGGGUGGUGCUGCAACGCGUUGAGGAUACCCUGAACCGACCGAGCAGAAGUCUCCCAGCCCCCCUCCUACUGCUCCAUCCAUCCAUCCAUCCAUCUAUCUGUCUACCCAUCCGCCCCCACACGGCACCAGAGUCCAGCAUCUCUCCAGCAUCACCGUUCGCCUGGAUCGACUGCGACACAUCUUCUUUCUCCCUGACCGGCGGUGGACGGAGGAGAGACGCACCAAGUGAUGCGGCUUCUGCAGCCCGCGCAUCCCGCAGCACCGAAGACCGCACGCUCACCCGUCAGGAGUAAGCGCACUUUCCCCGUGAUCUGCAACAGCCCAUGAGAAUGUCCAGCGCAGACAUCAUGGGUUUAAACCCUACCGACCGCGUAAUCAAAUCUGUGCCGUUCCCACUGAGCCACAGGUUGAGCAUGCGAGAGGUGUUUGACUGUGAGGGCAAACCGCGUGUGGACCUGCUGAAGGCUCACCUCACUAAAGAGGGCCGCGUGGAGGAGCCCGUCGCCCUGCGCAUUAUCAAUGAAGGGGCCGCUAUCCUGCGCCAAGAGAAGACCAUGCUGGACAUCGAGGCUCCUGUCACAGUGUGUGGUGAUAUUCACGGCCAGUUCUUUGACCUGAUGAAGUUAUUUGAGGUUGGCGGGUCUCCUGCGACAACGAGGUACCUGUUUCUAGGAGACUAUGUGGACCGAGGGUACUUCAGUAUUGAGGUGAGUGUGCCCUGCUUAGGCACCCUAGUGAGUGUAUCGCACAAUAUCAUGAUCCCAAUAUCUGUGAAAUGUCUUUAUUCUCUCCAUCAGUGUGUGCUUUACCUCUGGUCGCUGAAAAUCCUCUACCCAAAGACGCUGUUUCUGCUGCGGGGAAACCAUGAAUGUAGACAUUUGACUGAAUAUUUCACUUUCAAACAAGAAUGUAAAAUCAAAUACUCGGAGCAGGUGUACGAUGCAUGCAUGGAUGCGUUCGACUGUCUGCCUCUGGCCGCUCUGAUGAAUCAGCAGUUUCUGUGUGUUCAUGGUGGUCUGUCUCCUGAGAUCCACACGCUAGACGACAUCAAGAGGCUGGACAGGUUCAAGGAGCCUCCGGCGUUUGGCCCCAUGUGUGAUCUGCUGUGGUCAGACCCGCUGGAGGACUUUGGCAAUGAAAAGAGCCAAGAUUAUUUCAGCCACAACACUGUCCGCGGAUGCUCCUACUUCUAUAGUUAUCCCGCAGUGUGUGAGUUUUUACAGACCAACAACUUGCUGUCGGUCAUCAGGGCACAUGAGGCGCAGGACGCGGGUUACCGCAUGUACAGGAAGAGUCAGACCACAGGUUUCCCUUCUCUCAUCACCAUCUUCUCAGCUCCAAACUACUUGGACGUUUACAACAACAAAGCGGCUGUGCUUAAAUAUGAAAACAACGUAAUGAACAUCCGACAGUUCAACUGCUCGCCUCACCCGUACUGGCUGCCCAACUUCAUGGACGUCUUCACCUGGUCUCUUCCAUUUGUUGGAGAGAAAGUGACAGAGAUGUUGGUGAAUGUCCUCAGCAUCUGCUCUGACGAUGAGCUUAUGAACGACGGAGAUGAGAUCUUUGAUGCUAAUGCUGCGGCCGCCCGUAAAGAGGUCAUCAGAAACAAGAUCCGUGCCAUCGGCAAAAUGGCCAAAAUGUUCUCUGUCCUGCGAGAGGAGAGUGAGAAUGUGUUGACCCUAAAAGGUCUGACCCCGACCGGGAUGCUACCAAGUGGCGUUCUGUCUGGAGGAAAACAGACCUUGCAGAGCGCUACCAUCGAGGCCAUUGAAGCCGUCGAGGAGGUUAAGGAUGGAGAAGCCAUCCGUGGCUUCUCUCCACAGCACAAGAUCACCAGUUUUGAGGAAGCGAAGGGUCUAGACCGCAUAAACGAGCGCAUGCCUCCUCGCCGGGACGUAGUCAACAGCGUGGGCCUGUCGAUGGGCAAGAUGAACAUGGCCGAAUCAAAUGGCACAGAUGACAACAGCAAUAUCCAGUGAUCGAUUUCCUCCCCGUCUCCCUCGCUCGCCCCAUUGCUCUUUCUCCCAUCAUGCAUUUCUCCCCACUAUCCCCUCAUUUUCACUGCUACCGUCUAUGUAGCAGAUGGAUUAUGUGAUAUAUUUUAGACCGAACUCCCUGCUUGACGUUCAGCGGCCUCAACAACACCCAAGAAGGGCCCGCGUGAAGGAGAUCAUGCUCGACUGUUGCAUGAUGGGACGUGUAGUUUUACGGAUAUGGGGCUAUGUACACGGAGAAGAGGGCAUUUCCUGUUCCUUUGUCCGAAGAGAUGUUUAUUUAUGCGUGUUUGCACUUCCGCGUGCGUGUCUGUGUGUGUGCGCGUAUGUGAUAUAUAAUUAUAUGACGAUAAGUAGGUUUUCACAAACGCUUACUCUUUUUCCUUUGAUUUUUUUUUUUUUUGUUCGUUUGUUUUUUGGCCUGCUGUGGAACGUGAAACACAAAGCUGACGCUCUAUUUAUUUAAAAAAAUGCGUAAGAGAAGCGUAUGUUUGCAUUCGUGCGUGCGCGAGGAGCUUAUAAUCGUUACUUUUACACUUCUAUGUUUUGCUACUAGUAAUCACUAUAUCUAAUAACUAAUAACUACACGAAAUAACCUAACCCAGGAGAGAUUUGGAGUCAGCGCGAAGCCCCUCAUGCUGUUUGUUUGUUGUGCGAAUCUAACGUUGUCAAUUCGUAACUCUAUUGCUCCCCCACUGGUGAUCCAAGGGAAGCGUUCAGUGAGCUGUAUGUGUGCGCGUGUGUGUGUGAGAGAGAAACAGUGAGGUGAUUUGAUCUGAGGGGUUGCGUCGGGCCGUGGUGGGUGGUUUCAAACAGGUUCUUUACAGGUGCACUAGUAAGAACGGAUGAUGCGCAUAAUUCAUGGGAGUUUAUUUUGUAUAUAAAUGGCGUAUAUUUUUAAGGAACGUUUUUGUUAUCGCUUAUUUUCACGUUCUUUUUAUCUUGUAUUCGAGCUAUUUAUUUUAUUGUUUGUUCGUUCGUUUUAUUUUAUUUCGUUCGUUUACAUCGCUGUACAGUUAAUUAAGCUCCAAUGAGGUGUUUGUUUAUCGAUGUACAGAAGUUAUCCAGUAGUGUGAAGGAACAUAUAAUUCUGUGAAAAAGACAUCCGGGCUGCCAAAAGCAUGACUGCAUGGUUAUUUCAAAUGUAAAAAUACGAAUACGGACACACCUUAACGUGUCUCACAUUUUUAAGGAGAAGUAUAUAUUCCGAUCAUUAUUCUAAACAAUAUUCUGGUUAUUUAUGAUUAUGAUUAUUCUUAUGAUUAUUCUUAAGAGUUCUGCUGGUUUAUUCCACACUUUGCCUCAUUCUCGUUUCGGUUGCUCAUUGUGCUUUACUUUAUGAAUAAUGGAAAAACGUUCAUGAGUUAUUUGUGAUUCUAUAUCUUGUAUUUUUCUCUGGAGCUUCAUUCUGAGCAUCAUGAUUUCCUGACCUACAGUACGGACAGUGUGAGCAUGCCCUAUGGGACAAAUCUCUUUUUUUACUCUUGAAUAAAAUAUGCAUGAACCUUU